UAAUUUCUGCGUAAAUUACUUUGGUGCUAGGCAGCAAUUGAAUGAUCUUAAUGUUACAUAUGCACUGUUGCAUCCUGCUGCUGAAUGGGUGAAAAAAAUUCACCAAAGCUUCAUCCGGCGGAGCAAAAAGAUUGUAUUUGUUGAUGCUCGGCAUUUUAUUUAUGCUGCUCGACAACACUGGCAUACCGAAUUACUUUUUGUUGGUUUGAAGGUUCUUGAAACUCUCGAGUCCAUCUAUAAGUCGGCUGCAACUUCAAUGUCUCAUUUCCGGCAAAGCAUUUUCCUUCUAAACAUAUAUGAGAUUGCUAAAUUUUUAAGUGAGUCCAAGGAGCUUGAUUCUAAGAGUUCUCAGUGGAGACUACGGAAUUUCUUGACACUGUCAACAAAAUACUUUGAGAUAGCCUUUCCCCUUGACCCCCGACAAUCGUUGAUGGAGAAUAUCAUUUCUCUAAGGAGAACCGAGCUUUCCCGUGACUUGUUGCAAGAAUUCAUCCAUCAAGAUAUUAACACCAGAGGUCCUUUGAGCUAUGGACAGAUUGGAAGAGUGAUGAUCAUAUGGCUUGCCUCCGGAAAACUAUCUGAAGAUUUGUACAAGAAAAUUGUUGGAAGAGUUCCAACAGAAUAUCAUUCAUGGAAAUCAUUCAUGGAAAUUCUCAGCUGCAUUAGAGCGACAAAAAUGGAAGAAUAUCAAUCAGGCAAUGCUUGUGGAGGCAAAAUUUCCAAGUCUCAUUUAGCUAAAGAUAUUGUUCGAAGUGAAGCUAUGGAGGUUACAUUAGUUGAGAAAUUUUAUGAAGCAUUACAAGAUACCUAUAAGGUGAAUUGGAUCAAAUUAAGUGACUAUAUCUCCCCGAGUUGUUUCUUGUAUCUUGUUGAGCGUUUUCUGAUUUUGGUGUCACAGUGUAAAGGGUUCUUUUUCACUACAAAAUCAUCAUUUGUGGAAUGGCUGAUUUCCGAGCAGUCUGAGGUCCUACACACUUCGAAGGUUGCUAUUAACCAACAGUCUUUGGAAGAGUUUUAUCAUUCUGUUCUUAUGAUGGUACAACAAUUCCUUUCCAAUAAAGGCAAUACAGCUCUUUGGAUUACACGAUCGGGGAUAAAUUUUGAGGCAUACUAUAAGGUAUUGGUUAUGAGAUUGGUUGUUGUCCUAUGUUUGCUGUGUGUGAACACUGGGAAAUACUAUGAUGUUCUUUCCUUUGUGCUCAGAAACAACGAUGUUAGGAACCAGCUUCCAAAGUAUUUCUAUGGCAUUCUUUUUCCAUGUUUGAAGCGGAGGUACUUCCAGAUCAGUGAAAUCGGGGAAGCAUUUCAAAUAGCUGGAGAUCCUCUUUUGUGUGUUAACCUGCGUGAGAAUACCACCAGAAAGCUUCCUAAUGUCAUUCAUGUGCAGUUGGGAACAACCUGCAAUAUAGAAGACAUUUUUGACUUGCUGUUUCCCGCUAGAAAUGAGUCACAAGCUCCUAAUUCCACAGUUUCAGAAGUCAUGACUAAUCCGGAUGCUACUUCUUCCUCGGAUUGUUCUGACCAACCAAAGAUUUUGACAGUGCCAUGUUCUGAAGUCUCUCCUCCGUCGGAGCAGAAUCUGCAACAAGUGAAUUGGGACUUGUUUCAAGAAGUAUCUGAUUUUUUGAAGCUUAUUGGCAGUGAAAACAAUGGAACUACCUCGACUGUCGCUCAGAAGAUGAAGGAGGAAAUAAAUAUGCACAUAAAGUUCUUGACUGCUGCCAUUACUCUGCCUGAGCUGAAGAAGCCUGACGCUGGUGAGGACAUGGCUGAGGAAGUGCAACGUAUGCUUCAAGAGCUGCAACAGCUCCAUUCAUUUUUGGAUACGAGCAACUUGGAAGUAGCAAAAGCUGAACAACUAUUGAAGAGUUUGCUGUCAAGAAAGCCCAAGAUUGAAGCUUUAUUGAGUCAAUGCAUUGUACCAACAACAUUGAAGGAUUCAUGUGAGGAACAAGGUAAUACAGUGUGUGUUGAAGAUGAAGAGAUAGAGUCACCGUCUAUCGCGGCCUAUUCUGAAAGCAGUAACAAGGCUACUGAAAAGAAGCAGCCAAAGGGGAAGGCCAAGGCCAAGUCCAAAAAAUCUAGAAAGGGAAAAGGAAAAAAGUAGUAAAUCAUGCUAACAAUAUAGUCCUCACUUUUAUGAUUUUCUUCACUUUUUAUGCAAUCUUGUUGCUUUGAAUGCAAGGAAUUAAGGUGAAGUGAACUCUUUUAUGUUCUUGACAUGUUUUGUGUUAUAAAUGUGAUAUGGGCUGAUUUACUCCAAUGUCAUUUUUUAGGUUGCUAAUGUUUA